GAGCAAAACAUUUAUACUCAUUUUCUAUUGAUGAGUGAUGGGUUUGUUAUUGAUAAUCAAAAUGGAUCAAAAAUCAAUAUUCUUUUCGAUUUUAAUUUCAAUUAUUCUUUCACAAACAAAUGGUGAAAAAUGUAAUUAUUCCAAACCGAAUAUAGUGUUAAUGUUGAUGGAUGAUAUGGGUUGGGGUGAUCUUGGUGUGAAUGGAGAACCUUCUCGAGAAACACCUUAUUUAGAUCGUCUUGCUUCCGAAGGAAUGCAGUUUACUGAUUUUUAUGCCGGAAGCCCAUUAUGUUCUCCUUCGCGAGCAGCAUUACUUACCGGUAGAUUGCCAAUACGAAACGGAUUCUAUACUACAAAUAUUCAUGCAAGAAAUUCUUAUAUUCCUCAAGAAAUGAUUGGUGGAAUUUCUCGAUCAGAAAUUUUAAUUUCGGAACUACUUGCCAAAAAAAACUAUCAAAAUAAAAUCAUCGGUAAAUGGCAUCUUGGACAUAGUAAAUCCGAUUAUUAUCCAUGGAAUCGAGGUUUUCAUGAAUUUUUCGGUACAUUUGGUGUUCAUUUUGGUCCUUAUGAUAACGUAAAAGUUCCGAAUGUACCAUUAUUUCGAAAUGAUAAAAUGAUUGGCCGUUAUUAUGAAAAUGUAGUGAUCGAUCGAAAAAAACAGGAAUCAGAUCUAUUGAAAAAUUUCACACAAGAAGCAAUUGAAUUCAUGCAACGUGAAUCGAAAAAAGGAAAUCCAUUUUUUCUUUAUUGGACACCGGAUACAUUACAUGCGCCUACUUAUCGCUCAGCUGAAUUUGUUGGUCGAUCAAUAAAAAAUUCCUCUUAUGGCGAUGCUUUGAUUCAAAUGGAUCAUUCAAUCCAGGCUAUAAUGGAAACUAUUCGUAAUGAGCCAUGUUUACAGAAUAAUACAUUUGUAUUUUUCACAAGCGAUAAUGGACCAGCUUUAACUUCUAAAGCUGAUGCCGGUAGAAGUGGUCCAUUUUUAUGUGGCAAACAAACAACAUUUGAAGGUGGAUUUCGCGAACCGGCUAUAGCAUGGUGGCCCUCAAAAAUUCCAUCCGGUACAAUUACUCGACAAAUAUCGACCCAUAUGGAUCUAUUUCGUACGAUCGCUACAAUAGCUAACAUAUCCAUUCCGGAUGAUCGUCAUUAUGAUUCGAAUGAUUUGACUAAAAUUAUGUUCAACAAUAGUUAUGAAAUUCCUAAUGCGACCAUAUUUUAUUAUCGUGGUGAUACUUUGAUGGCCAUUCGACAUGGUUCAUAUAAAGCACAUUAUUGGACAUUUUCAACACCACAAGAAGAACUUGAUGUUGGUAUCGAUUUUUGCCCCGGACAAAAUGUUUUCAAUUUGACUACUCCACGAUUGACCAAUCAUACCGAAUCGCCAUUAUUAUUUCACUUGUAUCGAGAUCCUGGCGAACAUUUUCAUAUCAAUCCAAAGAAUUCUGAAUAUAAAGAAACCAUGGAAAUCUUAAAUAAAAUUCGUGAUGAACAUCAACAGCAUCUCGUACCUGGUAAACCUGAACUAAAUUAUUGUGAUCAUGCUGCUAUGAGUUGGAGUCCACCCGGAUGUGAACAAAUAAAAAUGUGUCUUCCCGUACCCAAAUCAUCACCAUAUUUGUGUGAAUGGCCCCAUUAAUUAAAAAAAAGACAAUUUUUCAUUAAAAUUAAA